AUGGCCAAUAUGCAGUACGGUUUUGAUUUAGCUGCUAUUGGUUCAUUGCAAGCCAUGACCGGUUUCCUGAAGGUAUUUGGAUACCGCGAUCCAAGUAGCGACACCGGAUAUGCAAUUGAUAGCACCGUACAACAACUCAUAACAUCGCUUCUGACAUUGGGAUCUUUCGUUUCUUCCUUAGUGGCAGGUUUUUUCUCGGCCUACUUAGGCCGCCGUCAUGCACUCUGGCUUGCCUGUGUCGUCAAUGCAGUUGCAGUUGGAAUCCAAAUCGGGACAACAUCGGCAGGCGUCCUGUAUUUCGGACGCUUACUACUAGGAUUCGCCAAUGGCUUUUUAGUCACUUUCUCAAAUAUUUACACUUCUGAAGUGGCACCGGCUCAUCUUCGGGGUGUCAUGGUCGCUUUGUUCGCAUACUGGGUGAAUAUAGGAAGUAUUCUGGGCUCGGUGGUUGAUAACUACACUCAAACGCGACUUGACCGACUGUCGUACAGGAUUCCUCUUGCUUGCCUUUACAUUGUUCCCACCCUGCUAUUCGUUGCGUUAUUUUUCGUCCCCGAAAGCCCCAGGUGGUUGCUUCAUCGUGGUGAUGAUAAGGCAGCCAGGACGUCACUGGAAAGACUUCGGGGCACUGGUUUUCUCACUGUCCUAUCUAUCUCCGGUGCCAAUCGUGGAGCUGAAGAUCGAAGCUCCAGUAGCACAGCUGCUAUGCCAUCGCUCUUGGAGUUGGAGUGGGCAGAGAUGGUCAAGGGCGUGGAAGAGGAAAAGCGUGAACAAGGGAAUGUAGCGGCAAUGGAUAUGUUCCGAGGUGUUGAUCUUCGCCGGACUAUACUUUGCUACUGUAUGAUUGGUUGUCAAACUGCAUCAGGUGUAUGGUUCCUCAUUGGCUACCAAGCAUACUUCUUCACAAUUUGCGGCAUCACUAAGCCAUUCCAAUACUCUAUUAUGAACACAUGCUUUGGCUUUCUGGGGGUCAAUGUCGGCAUGUACGCCAUCCCGAGUGCCAUCGCUGCUACAGUGAGCCCCAAUACUUUACCUACUGGCAGAACACUGGUGGCCUUUACAGCAUUGUUCAUGUUUUUCUAUAAUGGCUGUGUCGGUGCUGCAAGUUACCCCGUCGCUACCGAACUCGUCAGUUCCAGACUCCGUGCAUGGACUAUUGGGACGGCAACCUCACUGGGCUAUCUUCUUGCAUGGCUGGUGAAUUUUUGGCAUGCGAAUAAUGCAAGUCACGCUUUUUUAAGCAACAAUACUAAUCUGGCUAUGGCACAGGGCGCUCAAUAUGGAUACAUUUGGGCUGUAUCUAACUUUCUCUGUGUGAUUUUCUUUUAUUUCUUCAUGCCAGAAAUGAAAGGCCGUUCUCUGGAGGAACUGGAUGAAAUAUUCGCUGCGCGUGUCCCAGCACGCAAAUUCAGAUCAUACCACUGUCUCAUUGGUGAAACAGCAAGAAUCGAGGCUCUGAAUGCUAAGUCUGAUCGAGACUAG